AUGUCAAUUACUACAAUUUACGUCAGUUGUCAAUUACAUUGGUGUUGUGAAAUUUCUUGCCCCUCACGUAUAUUCGAUGCAUUUGUAUGUCCAGUUGAUCUAUUCGAAUUGACCACAGUUCACGAGAGCAGUGUGUGGACAGCAACUAUUAGCACUAGAAAAUUACAACCUCAACAACAAUAUCAAGUAAACUGGUAUAUACAGUUUUGGCAAUUAAAAUCAGACGUUAAACAGCAAAUUGCACAUGACGAGGAUCACAAAGCUUCAACAGCAGCCUUAACAAUCACAAUCAAUUCUGACAAUCAGGAUUGA